CCUAAUACUAGCAAUUUAGUUCCAGUAGGUGUAUAUAAACAAACUAAAGACUUCACGAUACCACACUAACUCGCACAUGCAUGGAUCAUCAACUCUCCUACGGACUUGGCUUGAUCGCAGUGGGAGCGAUUCUAUCCUACUUGGUUCUCUCCCAUGCUGUUGGCGCUAAGGACACUAGAGCCAAGCUUCCUCCAGGUCCAUGGAACCUUCCCGUCGUUGGGAGCCUCCAUCACCUCGUCGGCACGCUGCCGCACCACGCGCUGCUCCGCCUAUCGCGCCGGUACGGCCAGCUGAUGCUGCUCAGGCUCGGAGAGGUGCCCACCGUCAUCGUCUCCACGCCCGAGGCGGCCAUGGAGGUGCUGAAGACGAAGGACCUCGUCUUUGCCAGCCGUCCGAGCGGCCCCACACGUGAGCUCGUAAGCUGCGGCGGCAAAGGACUCGUCCUUACACCCUAUGGCGAGCACUGGCGGCAGAUGCGCAAGGUCUGCAUGGUCGAGGUGCUCAGCGCGAGGCAGGUUCGGCGAAUGGACUCCAUCAAGCAAGACGAGAUCGCUGACCUCGUCAAUUCCAUUGUGGCUGCCUCGCCGGCCGCCGUCGUCAACCUCGGCCAGGGUAUGGCCAAGCUUGCCAACAAUAUCAUCGCCAAGGCGGUGUUCGGUGGCAAGUGCCAGCAGCAAGGAACGUACCUCGAUGAGCUCGACAAGAUGUUGGUGCUUGUGGGAGGGUUCUGCCUAGUGGACCUUUUCCCAUCAUCGCGGUUGGUACGGUGGUUCAGCGGCGCAAUGCGCGACCUGAGGAGGAGCCACGGCCGGGUACAGAAAAUCCUGGGGGACAUCAUCGUUGAGCGCAAGAAUAUGAAAGAGAAUGCCUCCGCCAGCGCCGGCACUAAAGACAACGAGGACCUGCUAGACGUGCUCCUGAGGCUGCAGAAGGAAGACACCCUCAGUUUCCCUCUGACGUCUGAGAUCAUAGGCACGGUCAUCUUUGACAUAUUUGCAGCUGCAACCGAUACUACUGCUGCCACGCUAGAAUGGGCCAUGGCGGAACUCAUCCGCAACCCAAAGGUGAUGGCAAGGGCGAAACUCGAAGUCAGACAGAGUCUCGCACAGGGACAAUCCACAAUAACGAGCACGGACCUUGGCAAUCUUAAAUACCUACGAAUGGUGAUCAAGGAAACACUAAGGCUACACCCACCUGUGCCGCUGAUACGCAGGGCAACCCAAGAUAAGUGCCAGGUCAUGGGUUACCACAUUCCCAAAGGCAUCCAUGUCAUGAUAAACGUGUUUGCAGUGGGAAGGGACCCGAGCCACUGGGGGGAGGACGCGGCGGAGUUCAGGCCCGAGAGGUUCGAGAGGAACGACGCUAUGCAUGUGGACUACAGCUCGGGGACACAGAUGGAGUUCGUCCCAUUCGGAUUUGGUCGUAGGCAGUGCCCCGGAGCCCUGUUGGCCACAACGACGAUUGAGAUGGUGCUAGCAAAUCUCUUGUACCGCUUUGACUGGUCGAUUCCGGGUGGGGCAAGCUCGGAGGCUCUGGACAUGAACGAGGUGUUUGGCCUUAUUGUGCAUUGCAGGUCCAACUUGUGUGUGCAGGCAGCAACUUGCCAUCCGCAGCUCCACUAGUGUCAUACAAAUGGCAUCCAAGAAGCAAGCUCAUCGAACAAGUUUAUUGGUGGACCAAGAUUCUCUGUCUUAAUUCAUCGUACUAUUACCCUUGGCUGGUUGACAAGUGAGCUAGCUUGUUGUUCUCCACAAAGUCAGGUGAUUUAAGUCAGUGAAUUUUAGGCGGACCUGGGUCUAGGGUCCAUCCAACAAUAGAGAUGGGUC